UUUACAGGGGCACUCAGAUGGGCACACUGAAUGUUAAAGGGUACUCUGAUGUGCACAACAUAGAAUGUGUCCAGCAGAGUGCCCAUUAUUUUAUGUUCAGGGGCACUCUGACGGGCCCAAUUUAUGUUAAGGGAACACACAUGGGCACAUAAUGUGGAAAGAGGCAUUCUGAUGGGCACAUGUGAUGGGAAGGGGCACUCUGAUGGGGCAUAUGAUGUAACGGAGCACAUAUGGGGAAAUAUAAUAGAAAGAGGUACAUUGAGUGUAAGGGGGCACUCUGACAGGAAUACCAGUGUAAGGUGGCACUGUGAUGGGGCUGCUAAUGUAAGGGAGCACACU